UUUUUUUUUCCCCCCAAAAUCCCUCGACCCGGGACAUGGAGGGGGCCGGGAUGGAUUAUUUCUGCGACCAGGUGCAGCAGAAGGACGUGGGCCGCAGGAUGCAGGUGGGCCAGGAGCUGCUGGAGUACCUGGGGGACCCGGCGAGGUCCCCCGACCUGGAGCAGGACCAGCAGCGCCUGGAUAAAGUCAUCGACGAGUUAACAACGUGGGUCAACUCCAGUAAUUUUAAGGUAGCGUUACUGGGAUUAGAUGUUUUAGGUGCCUUUGUCGACAGACUAUCAGGACGCUUUAAAUCCUAUAUAGGAACUGUUCUCAUGCCUUUGAUAGAUCGUAUGGGAGAUGCCAAAGACCAAGUUCGAGAGCAAGCACAGAACCUUAUAUUGAAAUUGAUGGAUGAAGCAGCACCGCCCAUGUACAUUUGGGAACGCCUUGCUGUUGGUUUUAAACACAAGAAUUUCCGAUCCCGAGAAGGAGUGUGUUUGUGUCUUAUUGCUACCUUAAACAUUUACGGUGCACAACCAUUAAUCCUUAGCAAGUUGGUACCACAUCUGUGUACAGCAUUUGGUGACUCAAAUAGUCAGGUGAGGGACGCUGCCAUACUAGCCAUUGUAGAGGUUUAUAGACAUGUAGGAGAGAAAGUACGAAUAGAUCUUACGAAGAGAGGAAUUCCUCCUGGGAGGUUGCAAACAAUCUUUGCAAAAUUUGAUGAAGUAAGAAACUCCGGAAACAUGAUUCUAAGUAGCGCCAAUGACAAAAGCUUUGAUGAUGAAGAGUCAGUGGAUGGAAAUAGGCCAUCAUCAGCUGCUUCAGCCUUCAAGGUUCCGGCACCUAAAAAGCCAGGAAAUCCUUCAAACAGUGCAAGAAAGCCAGGAUCAGCUGGUGGGCCUAAGGUUGGAGGUUCCUCUAAAGAAGGAGGGGCUGGAGCUGUGGAUGAGGAUGAUUUUAUUAAGGCUUUUACAGAUGUUCCUACUGUACAGAUCUAUUCUAGUCGAGAACUUGAAGAAACGUUGAAUAAAAUCAGGGAAAUUCUCUCAGAUGACAAACAUGAUUGGGAUCAACGAACUAAUGCGCUGAAGAAAGUUCGAUCGUUGCUGGUUGCUGGAGCUGCACAGUAUGAUGGAUUUUUCCAGCAUUUACGGUUGUUGGAUGGUGCUUUCAAGCUGUCGGCCAAGGAUCUCCGAUCCCAGGUGGUCAGAGAAGCCUGCAUUACUGUAGCCCAUCUUUCAACUGUUCUGGGAAACAAGUUUGAUCAUGGCGCUGAAGCUAUUGUGCCUACUCUUUUUAAUCUGGUUCCCAACAGCGCCAAAGUGAUGGCAACUUCUGGGUGUGCAGCCAUUAGAUUCAUUAUUCGGCAUACCCAUGUGCCACGACUCAUACCUUUAAUAACAAGCAACUGUACCUCAAAAUCAGUUGCAGUUAGAAGGCGCUCCUUUGAAUUUUUAGACCUGUUGUUACAAGAAUGGCAAACGCAUUCGUUGGAAAGGCAUGCAGCUGUCUUGGUUGAAACAAUCAAGAAGGGCAUUCAUGAUGCUGAUGCAGAAGCAAGAGUGGAGGCAAGAAAGGCUUAUCUGGGUCUUAGAAAUCACUUUCCUAGUGAAGCUGAGACUCUGUACAAUUCUCUGGAGCCACCCUAUCAAAGAAGCCUCCAGACCUACUUGAAGAAUUCUGGCAGUAUAGCAUCUCUCCCUCAGUCAGACAGGUCAUCCUCCAGCUCACAGGAGAGUCUCAAUCGGCCUCUAUCUUCUAAAUGGUCUGCAGCCAGCCCAGCAAGCUUUGCAGGCAGAGUUUCCAGCAGCAGCAAGAGUGUUCCAAGCCCAGGAACCCUGCAAAGGUCUCGCAGCGACAUUGACGUUAACGCUGCGGCAGGCGCAAAGGCCCGCCACGCUGCUGGGCAGACAGCAGGAGCUGGGCGCCUGUCAGCAGCUGGCCUACCUCCGGGAUCCUACGCUUCACUAGAGGAUACUUCUGACAAGAUGGAUGGAACAGCUUCUGAAGAUGGUCGUGUACGAACAAAGCUCUCAACGCCUUCUGUUGGUAUUGGAAAUUCUAAAACAGAUUCCAGAGGACGCAGUAGAACCAAAGUGGUGUCACAGUCUCAGCGUUCAUCAUCGCCAGACCAAAAUGAAGGAUCACAGUCUGCUAACCCCAUUGGUGCUGGCAGUAGAUCUGGGUCCCCUGGAAGAGUUUUGACAACAACCACACUUUCCACUAUGAGCACAGGAGUUCAAAGAGUGUUAGUGAACCCUGCAGCUGCACAAAAACGAAGCAAAAUCCCCCGAAGUCAGGGGUGCAGUAGAGAAGCCAGUCCUUCUAGAUUGUCAGUAGCACGAGGCAGCCGCAUUCCUCGGCCUAGUGUGAGUCAGGGGUGCAGUCGGGAGGCCAGCCGUGAAAGUAGCAGGGACACGAGCCCUGUCCGCUCUUUUACACCCCUUGCUUCCAGACAUCACUCCAGAUCCACUGGUGCUCUCUACGCUCCUGAUGCUUAUGGGGCUACAGGUACCGGCUUUGGGAUUAGCCAGUCGAGUAGAUUGUCGUCGUCAGUUAGUGCUAUGCGAGUUCUCAACACAGGCUCUGACGUGGAAGAGGCAGUAGCAGAUGCUUUGCUCUUAGGAGACAUACGGACUAAGAAGAAGCCCGUGCGGAGAAGAUACGAGUCCUAUGGGAUGUACUCAGAUGAUGAUGCCAACAGUGACGCAUCAAGUGCCUGUUCAGAAAGGUCCUAUAGCUCUAGGAAUGGAAGCAUACCAACGUAUAUGAGACAGACAGAAGAUGUGGCUGAAGUCCUAAAUCGCUGUGCCAGCUCCAACUGGUCAGAGAGAAAAGAAGGCCUUCUAGGCCUGCAAAACUUAUUAAAGAACCAGAGAACUUUAAGUCGUGUUGAGUUGAAAAGGUUGUGUGAAAUCUUCACAAGAAUGUUUGCUGAUCCUCACAGUAAGAGAGUGUUCAGUAUGUUUUUGGAGACACUGGUGGACUUCAUCCAGGUCCAUAAAGAAGAUCUGCAGGACUGGCUGUUUGUACUGUUGACACAGCUCUUGAAAAAAAUGGGUGCCGAUUUGCUUGGGUCUGUACAAGCAAAAGUUCAGAAGGCGCUUGAUGUCACAAGGGAAUCUUUUCCAAAUGACCUCCAGUUCAGUAUUUUAAUGAGAUUUACUGUUGACCAGACCCAAACACCUAGCCUGAAGACAGUCAAGCCAGCACUACAGGACCAGCUUCGCUCUUUUUGGAGCUCCAAGGUCAAAGUCGCAAUCCUUAAAUACAUAGAGACUCUUGCGCAACAGAUGGAUCCAGGAGAUUUUGUAAAUUCAAGUGAAACUAGGUUAGCUGUGUCUCGAAUCAUCACCUGGACCACAGAACCCAAAAGCUCAGAUGUUAGGAAGGCUGCACAGUCAGUGCUGAUUUCCCUUUUUGAACUCAACACUCCAGAGUUUACAAUGCUAUUGGGUGCUUUACCAAAAACAUUUCAGGAUGGAGCCACAAAACUUCUCCAUAAUCAUCUCCGGAAUACAGGCAACAGUGGUCAGGGAUCAAUGGGAAGUCCUUUAACAAGACCUACUCCACGCUCCCCAGCAAGUUGGUCAAGUCCUCUCACCUCCCCAACCAAUACAUCGCAGAACACUUUGUCACCAAGUGCAUUUGACUACGACACUGAAAAUAUGAAUUCUGAAGAUAUUUACAGCUCUCUUCGUGGAGUCACUGAAGCCAUUCAGAAUUUCAGUUUUCGUAGUCAGGAAGAUAUGAAUGAGCCUGUAAAACGAGAUUCCAAAAAAGAUGAUGGCGAUUCGAUUUGCAGUGCCUCUGGGAUAGUAGACCUCCGAGCAGGAAGUGGUGGGAGCGACACAGGCCGAACAGCUCUUGAUAACAAGACGUCGUUGCUCAACACGAUGCCUCCCCACUCUUCACCACGUUCACGAGAUUACAACCCCUACAACUAUUCUGAUGGUAUCGGUUCAUUUAAUAAAUCUGCUUUGAAAGAAGCCAUGUUUGAUGAUGAUGCAGAGCAAUUUCCUGAUGAGCCUCCUAUGGACCAUUCUGAUCUGGUUGCAGAGUUGCUAAAAGAGUUGUCAAACCAUAAUGAGAGAGUUGAGGAAAGGAAGUCUGCCCUGUACGAGCUCAUGAAGUUAACUCAAGAAGAGUCUUUUGGGGUUUGGGAUGAACACUUCAAAACAAUACUACUUUUGCUGCUUGAAACGCUCGGAGAUAAAGAGCAUGCAAUUAGAGCUUUGGCUUUGAAAGUUCUAAGAGAAAUUCUGAGAAACCAGCCAGCAAGGUUUAAGAAUUACGCAGAACUCACAAUCAUGAAGACGUUAGAAGCACAUAAGGAUCCUCAUAAGGAGGUGGUGAGAUCUGCUGAAGAAGCUGCUUCCAUGCUGGCAACUUCCAUUAGCCCAGAUCAGUGCAUCAAAGUUCUUUGUCCAAUUAUCCAAACUGCAGAUUACCCCAUUAAUCUGGCUGCAAUCAAAAUGCAGACAAAAGUCAUAGAAAGAGUAUCUAAAGAAACCCUUACUCAGCUUUUACCAGAGAUUGUGCCAGGUCUAAUACAGGGUUAUGAUAAUUCAGAGAGCAGUGUUCGUAAGGCAUGUGUUUUCUGCCUUGUAGCCAUUCAUGCAGUAAUUGGUGAUGAACUAAAACCACAUCUCAGUCAACUCACUGGCAGUAAAAUGAAAUUAUUGAACCUUUACAUCAAGCGUGCACAGACAGGCUCUGGACCAGGGGAUACAACAGCAGAUAUGUCUGGACAAAGCUAAUGAAGCUGACAAGAGUUAACCAGGUCUCCUAAAGCAAGGGCAAGGCCCUCUUCAGUGAAAGGAAAAUUCGUACACACAACUUCUGGAACUUUUUUCUUUUUUUUGUUGUGCUUUUUUUUUUUCCCUUUUUUUUGUUGUGUUUUUUUUUUUUUUUCCUUUAACCAACGGCUGUCCUCAGCCUGCAUGUGACUGUUGCAAUAGAAUUACUCCAAAUCCAUGGAAAAACAGUAUUAACAUCAGUUGAUCAAAGCAGAAUAAAAUUUUAAAAUAAUCUAAUCUAUCAGUUAUCCUGUUCACAAUCCUCUGUGUCUUCCCAUUAACUUUUGCCAGUGUUAUUGUAUUAAAAAAAAUUUUUUUAAUGCUGAUUAAAAAGGUAUGCUUUAAGCUUCAGAAGUUAAAAUAUAAAUUCUGUUGCUUUAAUUCAGCUGCAGAUAACAUUACUUUUUUUAUUGCUGUUUUGUUUGAGUAUCAUGUCCUUCGCUAGAAGCAAGAAGUGAUGUGAAACAAGGCUGAACUAGUCUGAACUGCAGUGAGGCUCGUUCACUGUGUUGGUGGUUCAUCACCUUAUUUACAGCUUGUUUGGGAUAUUCUGGAGAUUGAGAAAUAUGCCUAUAAAAAAAAAAAAAAAAAAGCUGGAUCGAUCCAGUUCUGUAAAAGUGAUAUUGUUCAUUGGUUGUAUGUUUGUUGCAUAAAUAAGAAUUUGGUGUGCGCAGCAGAGGGCUGGUACAACCAGUGCCUCUUUAAUGUGGAAGACAGCCCUUUCAGGGUAGCAUUGCUGACCUGGUGAAUAGUGUGGCAGUCUGCUUUCUGGCAGCAGAGUUAAUGGUCACUUGAUGGACGUGAACCAUCCUUGUCACCUUUCGUUCUUCAAGCAGGAUGCUUCAGAAUGGAGUGCUCUGCCCAAGCAUGCUCAGUAUGUAUUUAUCUUUAUCACUAGAAUGUUUCCUCUCAACCUAAUUGCUGGAACAAGUAGUCUUGUAACUCACAUGGGAUUUUAUGACAACAGUGCAGAAAACUAUUUAUUCCUUACCUUCCUAAAAGCACCGAGAUUUUCUGCAUUGAAUUUAAAUGGGGGGAGGGGGAAUAGUCACAAAUGCUAUGGAUCUUGCCACCUUUUACUUUUAAAAAAAGAAUAUAUAUAUUUUGGAUGAGUUGGGAAAGCUGCACCAAAUUAUUUGCAUGGUUUUCUUGAAUAGCAUCCUCAAGACCCAUCUGGAUUAAGGUGUGGAAACGUUUCCAGGGUUUGUUUUUCCAUUUUUGAAAAAGAGUUAGUUUAUUGUGAAUAAUGGUUCUUUGUAUUUAUGAACUUGAUAAUGGAAAGAGAACAAAGAUCAAGUAAAUGUGUCCCUAAAUGUUGUCUUUUUCAUUUUUCUUUUUUCUUUUUUUUUUUUCCCUCUUUUGGUCUUGGAUCUAAGCAGCAAGCUAAUUAACUGAGAACUGGGAUGAGACAGUGCCCUUCCCAGGAAUGGUGGAACUUUUUUUUCCUGACUUUUUUUUUUUUCCCUUUGACUGUGGUGUUGUCUAGUUGUAGGAAGUGUAUCCUGAUAAGAGAGAAAAUAGCGGUGCCAAGGAUGAUGAUCUAUGCUAGGCUAAAAUUCUCUCUACCUCUUCAGGGUGACUAAUUUUUGACUGAGCUGCUGCAUAUAGCACCCGGUGAAAGAACUAUCUACAGUAAAUAUUUUUUUUUUUUCAAAUUGUCAAUUAAUGUGUAUUCAAAACUAUUCUUCAACACUGCAGCCAAAUACCAUAAGAAACUACUUAUAUGCUUUACUCGCUAGGAACCCUGAAAAGCAAAACUGAAUAAAAAUUAAGUCAGAUGCUUGUAGUUACAUGAAAGGUUGUUUUCACUUUAGUUGGAAGUGAAUGCAAUAGAAAGAGCUAAGAUGUGGUUGUUAAAGAAGCAAUGCCAUUGCAGAGAUUUAUUUGGAGGAAGAGUUGUAGAAAUAUAUGUAAAGACUUAAAACCAAGACUCCUAACUCGUCGCUAGCCCUUUUUAGCAGCUACAUCAAGAAAAUAGUAUCUCCUCUUUCUUUCCUUUGUUACGUGUAACAUCCUUGUUGUUUUCUACUGUUUAAUUACAUUGUGUAUUUAUAGUUCUAUGCUUACCAUUGUGCAUAUACUGGCAAUAAAAUGUACAUAACAUUACUUAAAAAAUUAGCAAUGUAUACAUUCUGGUUUUCUGUUUUAUUUGUUCACAUGCUAUAAGAAAAAUUAUAAAUGCAAUUGAUACAACAUUGGUUUAAAAAAAGAAAUUAUAUUAAUCUUCAUGUUUUGUGUGUCCAAAUGAUGUUUCUUUAUAUGCUCUUGUUACUGAAUCUGACUUGGCAUUUGAGAACAUGCUGUGAAUAUAGGUAUGCUAGACAGAAAUGUGUUUUGGAAAUCAAAUAGAAUUUUUAGGAACACCCCAUUUCCUUCAUCUAGGCAGGUUUCUUGGUUACUAUUUCAUUUAUUUGUACAUUAUACAUUGUUUGCAUUUUAUUUUUUUGACAUUUCAAAAAUGUUUUUCAGUCUACAAUCUUAUAGUUCAUAUAUUAAUUAUACAAAAGGUCACUUUAAAAAAUUGCACAAAUUCCAAGCUUGUUAGUCCUGUAUGUUGUUCCUGCUUUUUCUCCAUUUAUUUUACAGAGGAUCAUUUCCAGAUGACUGUUGUCAUCUUUUUGAAGAUGCUAUUUCAUACUGAAAAAAUAAGUUAUGGAAACAUAUGGUAUAUAUUCUGGAUUAAGCUAAUUUUUUUAUGUAUAAACAAAAGUUGGUAAGAAAGAAAUGUUUUUAUCCCCUGUAUGACUGAAAUUUUUUGCUCCAGAUAGGGAGGGAGGAAGAUAGUUCCACAAAGUUUAUCCCUCGGUUUUGCUUCUAAGCCAUCUUUAAAUGUUCUAAGUAUGGAUAUCCCAUGUAUUAAAAAUCUAAAUGCAAUAUAUUUAAAUGAAUAUUUUACAUAUGGUAUGACUAGUUCUGUUUCCAACAAAGAUGGGGCUGCAGCAGUGCAUAGAAUCUGUUUAUAUGACGUGGAGGCAUCAGCAUGUAAGAAUUUGCACCAAAAUUACUUCCACUAGAGCCAGUUCUCAGAUUCACUGCAUUGCUUUCUGCCUUCAUUUUCUAUAUUAUAAAUAUACAUUAGCUCAGUUAAAUUCAAGCAAUGAUUAGUCAUGCCUUACUUUCCUGCUGGAUGUGGUUUCUCUAAUGGAUUAGCUUAAAGAUCUGGGAAAAAUUAGGACAAUUAUAAGUUGCUUUUCUUCUGGAAAUACUAUGUUCUUUCUAAUAUUCUGUGAAGAUAGGUCAUUGCAGUCAUUUAAAUACUGAAAUGGCAUUCUUAAAGGUUAGGUUUGGGCUUUAGAAAAAGAGGAAGAAGAAAAGUAAGCUACAUGCAGAAUCAGGAUAGGGAAUGCAUGUCUUGGAUGUCUGACUUGGAUGUCAUUUGCUUUAAAGAAUUUUGAGUAACACAUGAUGUUCAGCUGAAGUCUUAGCAAGGAAGUUGGGAUGGUAAAUGUAAAUUGAAAGAGAGCUGAUUAUGUAAAUGUUCCUGAGUUUGAUUGCUUGCUUGUUUUUGAAGAUAAAGGUUGGAACAGA